GUUUAUCUCAUUUCCAUGCAACUUUAUGAAAUUGAUACUACCUGAAUUCAGUAUCCCACAGCAGCAUAUAUUCCAGAAGUUUUUAUUUAGUCUGUGGAAGAACCGAUGGGACAACCUUCAUCAAUACACUGUUGUCAUACCUAUGGAGUGUUUGGGGAUCUUAUGGCACGCAGAAGCUGGCAGUUGUGAUGUAACACUGCAGAAGAACCAAGCUGCUGCUUCACUUGUGGAUUUGAAAUGCCUCCUGUAAGUCCAUCAGUGUGAUGUCAGGUUAUUUUGACCCUAAUAACACUGUAAGAUGUUCUCGCUUUUCCCAGGCAGAAGUUUCACCUUUUGCAUUCAUCUUAGACAAGGAAAAUGAAAGCUUGAGACAAAAACCUUUUCAAGACACUGUUCUGAUGACACAGGUUUCUCUUUCACUAGGAUUAUUUUGUGUAUCAGGGUAAUCUGAUUUAAUAUUUGUGAUACUAAAAUUGUGUAGCUGCCUUGAUUGUAGGGAAGAAUGCCGCAUCUAGAAAAUGAGAAGCAUCUCUGCUACCUAUUUACUGGCAAACAAAGCAAAGCCGCCUCUGAUGUGUAAGAACUAUUUUGAAAUGAUGUAUUCACCGUUGCACUGCCUUCCAGCAGUUUAGUUCUGUUUUCUCUAAGUAAUCUGGUGGAUGGCUCAUCUGGCAAUGUUGUCAUGGAGGACUAAAGUGUAAGAUCUAAGAUGUUCAAGUACCUUUUAGGACUGAAGGUUUUCAGAUCUCGGCAUCUACAAGCUUGGAAAUGCUUACUCCUGGCUGCUAAACACUCUUAAUUUCUAUACUAAAGUGCUUUUCUGUAACUUCUGUUCUUUGUGGUUGUUCAAAUGGUAAUGCAGAAUAUAAAGCUUGCUUUUUUUCACUACCACUUUGGCCAAAGCAGGGUAGGCUUGAGGACCUGCUCAUUCUAUUUCUAAACUGUAGUCUGCUUAGUCCAUACUAACAGUCUACUAACAUCCCACUCUUGCUGCUACCAUAGGGCAGGAGCUUAGUUUUCAUUGUUUUGAUAGAAUAAUGUUUCAAGCCAGUGGGAGUCUGAUUUGCAAUGCCUUUUUAACAUCUUUCUAUGAAAGGGUCUUCCCAGUGAAAGGGUAACUCUUCUGAUGCAACCAGUGAGAAUGGAGGAGGAUCACUCCCUCGUGCGAAAAUGAUUCACAGUAUUCCUUUCAGAAUGCCAAUUUACAUCUUUAGGAAAGCUUUUUCCCUCUCUUAAUUUGUAUUUACUGUAAGUGCUGGUAGGAUUGUAAGAUUGACAGAUCCUCUGGUUAAUCUCCUUGCUUAUUUGCUGCUACUAGGAGGAAAGCAGCAAAAAGUGAUGGGAAUACCACAGCUGUGCAAAUAACAGAUGAGGCCUGUUAGGGCUGCAAGAGAGGUUCCUCUCUUAAGCUAUCUAUGACCAUGGCAGAUUAGAUCAGCAAUUACCUCAGUCUGUCUUAAACCUGGUGUAGUGGAAAUGCAAUGUCAUAGCUGGAACCAAUGACUGAGCACCUGCUGGGAAGGCAGGGCCAACCCAGGGGAGCUCAGGUGCAAGCAAUGCACCUGAGUGACUGGAAGGGGUGGAACCAGGAUCCACCCUUGCCCAGACCUCAUUUAAGGGCUGGCAGUGGUGGUAAGAGUAUUUUGCUGGAGAUCCCUGCCUACCUGUGGACCUUACUGAAGGUAAACUUCAGGCCUUCCAAAAAAAUGUGGUACUGGGUUUUCCUCUGGGCUCUCUUCUCCUCUCUCUUUGUCCAUGGUGCUGUGGGAGUAUUAAUGUUUGUGAUGCUGCAGAGGCAUAGGCAGGGGAGGCUGAUCUCUGUCAUUGUGGUCAGCAUUGGAUUUCUGGGUUCUGUAACUGGAGCAAUGAUAACCAGUGCUGCAGUAGCUGGAAUUUACAGAGUAGCAGGAAAGAAUAUGGCUCCCUUAGAAGCUCUUGUCUUUGGUGUUGGACAGACAGUACUGACAUUAAUUAUAUCAUUUUCAAGGAUUCUUGCAACGCUUUGAGACUUACAUAAAAAAUAAUGUCAACUAGCCUAAAAAUAUCUCUAAUCUGAAGAGAAGCUUCCUGAAAGUGGAUUCAUCAGUUAUGAAUUCGAGUCCAAGGGAAAGGAAGCAAUGAGGAACAAGAGCUACAUACUGGAGGUUCAGUCAAAUGAGCAGGCUGUCCUCUAGUGUCUGAACUGUUGUACUUCUGCACUGCGCCUUACGUGCCUCAGUCAAAGGCAAGGUGCAAUCCUUGUGCACAGCGCUGAGAUGAAGCACCUUGAGCAGCUGCCAGUCAGGUUAUGCUUGGUAAUGGGGUCAUUGUUCUGAUCAGUGUUUUAAUGAAAUAAAGGGAUGCUCCUGAAAAUUGCUGCACGUGCCAAACUUGGAGUUCAAUUGUUAGUUAUUGGUUGGAUAAACUUUUUGAAAUUGUAGUUAUAGAAGAAUGCUGUGGGUGGACACACUGAUCUCAAGUG